AUGUUGUUUGUUCAUUUGUUUUCCCUUGUAGAUAUAGUGGUUUAUUUUCUUAAUUUUCCUUGUCAGGUUCCUCCUAUCUGUGAUGGAAACUCAGGUGUGUCUCCUUCUAGCUCGCCAAGAAAGGAAGUUGCUCAAAGGACCAUGCAUGGAAUUACUUUUUCAACAGAUGACAAGCCAAAGCUCCUCAGUCAGAAGCAAUCUUGGCCAAAUCAACUAUCAUUAUCUUCUCUACGUGAGCAUGAGCAGUCACUGAUAAAAAGCGAACCUUAUCAUUUGACAAUUCCUGGUGAUGGCACUGAUUACAGGGGUACAUUCCGUACUCAAGAAGUAGCCAUCAAAGUCCUCAAGGCUGUGUGUGUAAGUUCAGAUGUGCAAAGAGAGUUUGCACAAGAAGUAUAUAUUAUGAGGUUAGUGAAAGUUUUCUCUGUUGCUGUAAUGCUGAUGCCCAGAAUGGUUUCUUCUCAAUCCUGUUUUUAUGUUGGGGAUAAUAUUAUGAUGUGGGGUAUUCAAGAGGCAGCCUAUGAUAUGUUGAAGCAAUCUUGGCCAAAUCAACUAUCAUUAUCUUCUCUACGUGAGCAUGAGCAGUCACUGAUAAAAAGCGAACCUUAUCAUUUGACAAUUCCUGAGCAAAAUUGCAUCUGGGUCAUAUGGGGACUUGUAAGUUUAUCAGAUUCUAGGCACAUUUUCUUUUGGUACAGGGGUACAUUCCGUACUCAAGAAGUAGCCAUCAAAGUCCUCAAGGCUGUGUGUGUAAGUUCAGAUGUGCAAAGAGAGUUUGCACAAGAGGUAAUGCUGAUGCCCAGAAUGGUUUCUUCUCAAUCCUGUUUUUAUGUUGGGGAUAAUAUUAUGAUGUGGGGUAUUCAAGAGGCAGCCUAUGAUAUGUUGUUGACUUCCUUACUAGCUAACGUUGGGCUGAACAUCCAGUUUCAACAUGAUGACUUUUCCUUAGAUGUUUUUGUUGUUGAUGGCUGGCCAUAUGAGUACAUUAAGAUAGUGAAGGAAAUGCCAACCUGUUGAAUUUUGGGAGGCUUACUAGGCCGUAAUUUAAGGAGUUGUGAAGUUAUCUUCCGGCGAGCUUGUCACAGCUUCAGAGUCUUGGAAAGGGAGGACAUAUGUCCAUAAGUCGUAGGGUAUACAGAUAAUGAAGCCUCCAUGGAAAGCGUAACAUCAUGAGAAAGAUGGACUACCCUUACGAGGUUCAUGUCAGG